GGCCAGAUUAGAUUAGCAGACUGUUUGUUUCAGAGAACCACAAAAACAAAAACAAAAAUGUCAGGCCCUCAGUGCUGCUCCCACCCACCAACCCUGAACCCAUCGAGUGGCUCCGGCCACGUUGAGAAGUUAGGCGGUCUCGACACCUAUCUGGUCGGCUCCCCGGACUCCAAGGUCGCCGUUCUUCUCGUCUCUGAUGUUUUUGGAUACGAUGCUCCAAACUUGAGGAAGCUGGCAGACAAACUUGCAGCUGGUGGUUUUUUUGUUGUGAUCCCUGACUUCUUUUACGGAGACCCUUUUGUACUUGGAGAGGAGGGAUUUGCCGCUUUCCCUGGCUGGAUAAAACAUCAUGGAACGGACAAAGCAUUAGAAGAUGCAAAACCAAUACUUGAAGCUUUAAAAAGUAAAGGUAUUUCUGCAGUUGGUGCUGUAGGAUUCUGUUAUGGGGCCAAGGUUGUGGUUGAACUUUCAAAGCAUGACUUUAUCCAAGCUGCUGCUAUGUGUCAUCCUUCAUUUGUCACUCUGGAUGAUAUCAAGGCGGUUAAGGUUCCCACUCAAAUACUUGGCGCUGAGAUUGAUAAUAUGUCUCCACCUGAAGUCGUGAAACAAUUUGAGGAGGCUUUAGCUGCAAAACCUGAGAUCAAAAGCCGUGUGAAGAUAUUUCCAAAAGUGGAACACGGGUGGACCACUAGGUACAACGAUGAAGAUGAAGCAGCUUGUAAGGCUGCCGAGGAGGCUCAUCAAGACUUGUUGGAGUGGUUCUUGAACCAUGUCAAGUGAAUGGUAUCGUCAUUACUGUGAAGCGUUCUAUUUUCAGUGAAGGACAAGAAUAAUUUGAACCUUAUCGUCCCAACUGCAUUCUAUUUACUAUGAAUCAGAACACUGUCUGCAAUUUUAUGUGCCAAUAUUUGUGUGUAAAAUUUGUCGCUUGGAAGAGUAGAGGUUUGAGAACAGCGUGGUUCUUUAAGGUUUGGAAUUUGCUGAGUGGUAUAAUUCAUGCUCAGACAUUUGAUGAUGUUGAUUAGUGCUUCAUAAAGUAAAUUUUUUUUGUUAUUUUAAA